AUUAAAACUUCAACCUUGAAAACGAAAAUGAUUUUCUCUGCGAAAAUGAUGGAAAAUAACUUUGAAAAAUGAAUUUUAUUUAGUUCAAUAUUCUUUUAUAUUUCAGCCUUUCUGAUAGGUACUAACUACUAAGCAAACAGAUAUUCGUAAUGUUAUAGAUAAAUACGACCGACGGCGAGUGAUAACACUGCGCUACUCGUGCCCGUUUCGUGGCUCUUAUCAAGCUGCUUGUUUGCUAGUCUUCGUGCCCUCGCUCGACCCCCUAGUUCCUUGGCCCGCUUAUCACAAUCAACAUGAAUAAAAUGAGACGACAGACGAGGAGGAAUGCCAAGUGACUGCCGGGACUGUUUGGGAAUUCGUUUUCGAAUUAACACCCUGCACCAGACUUGGAAGUGGCUGCAUCAGACCAUCGCCCUACAUGAAUACUUGAUCUCCCUCUCCUCGGCAGACACUGACGCCGGAUUGUCCAUGCAUUAAAGUGCUGAACAUUUUAGUGCUACUGUUUAAAUAGACUGUUAUUUUAAGAAAUUUAGACUUAAAGGACUGCCUGUCAAAGGUUCAUACAAAAAAGAAUCAGUUUCACAAAUCAUUAAAAAUGGCACAAUCAAUGAUGAGAAAGAUUGCCAUGGGCAACAUGUUUGUUCUGGUCGGAUUGACGAGAAGAACUAGUUCACGAAGCCUGGUCACGGGCAAGAGCUUGACCA